AUGGGCAUUAGGGAAAGGCUGGAAGUCCUGCUCAAUACACCGAACUCAUCAGAGGUUCAGAAUGAGAAGAAAGAUCUCAUGGGGCGAUUGCAAAUAUUCCUGUCGCAGGAGGAGGCUUUCUGGAGGCAACGGUCGAAAGUUGUUUGGUUGAAGGAGGGUGACCGGAACACGGGAUUCUUUCAUAGAAAAGCUGCUAAUCGGAAGAGAAAAAACACUAUUCCGGGAUUGUAUAAUGAGAAUGGUCAGUGGUGUGAUGACGAUGAGGGAAUGGAAAAAGUUGUUACUGACUAUUUCACAAACAUAUUCAGUGCUUCAGACAUAGCUUUGGAGGUUGUAGAAACUACAUUGGCGGCUAUACAGCCUUGUGUUACACAGAGUAUGAAUGAGCAGUUGUGCGUAGUGUGUUCUCAUGAGGAGGUACAAAAUGCAUUAUUUCAGAUGUAUCCCACCAAGUCCCCUGGACCGGAUGGGAUGCCACCCCUUUUUUUCCAACACUAUUGGGACGUUGUUGGUGCAGAAAUCACAGAGGUAGUUCAAGGCUUUAUGCAGUCAGGGAGAUUGAUUACGGAUAACAUUCUUGUAGCCAAUGAGAUUGCUCAUUUUGUUCACAAUAAGAAAGAGGGAGGUGAGGGGUUUAUGGCUCUGAAGCUUGACUUAAGUAAGGCGUAUGAUCGCAUGGAGUGGACUUUCUUGAGGAAAGUUCUGGAUAGGUACUCUUUUUUCAUUCGAGGAAAACCACGUGGUCUUGUCAUUCCAAGCAGAGGCUUAAGACAAGGGGAUCCCUUAUCCCCUUAUCUUUUCUUGCUUGGAGCUGAAGGAUUCUCAGCGUUACUUAGACAGAAACAAGAGUUGGGUUUGCUUCCAGGGAUUGGAAAUGUUAUUGAAACAUAUGGGCGAGCAUCGGGACAGCUUGUUAAUUUUGAUAAGAGCUCGGUUGUUUUUAGCAAAAAUGUUUCGUCUUUCAUGCAAGAGGAAGUGUCAAAUUUGAUGGGAGUGGAGGUGGUUGCCUCUCAUGAGCGGUAUCUAGGGUUACCCACUUAUGUGGGUAGGAAGAAGACUUCAACUUUCCAUUACAUAAAGGAGAAUCUAGCUAAGAAACUCUCUUGUUGGCAAGGGAAACUAUUAAGUGGAGCAGGGAAAGAUAUUCUGAUUCGAGUAGUGGCUCAAGCUUUGCCGAGCUAUGCUAUGAGUGUCUUUCAAUUGACAAAGAAUUUUUGUGAUGAUCUUGAACAGAUGUGUGCUCGGUUUUGGUGGGGAAGCACUAAUGAUAAGAGGAAAAUCCAUUGGAAAACAUGGAACGCUUUGUGCAAUCCGAGAGAAGCAGGAGGACUGGGGUUUCGAAGUUUAUCAAAUUUUAACUCUGCUUUGCUUGCAAAACAAGCUUGGAGGGUGCUUUGCAAUCCUAAUUCUCUUAUUGCUCGUAUUUAUAAAGCGAGGUACUUUCCAACUGAGUCCUUUUGGACAGUAGACCUACAUCCUUCUCCGUCAUACUCUUGGAGAAGUAUAUUUUUUACAAGGGAGCUACUUCAACAAAGUGUCUAUUGGCAGAUUGGGAAUGGUGUCAAUGUAAACAUCUGGUCGGAUUCUUGGAUACCUAAUUUACGAAAUGGUAAGCCAGAUAUCAAUGAAGCGGCUUUGGCAAAGGUCUCUAGGGUCUGUGAUAUUUUUUCGAGUCCGGGAACUUGGAAUGUACCUCUUGUUAACCGACUAUUUUCAGUUGAAGAAGCUGUAGCGGUUUUGAGUAUUCCACUAAGCUCAAGAGAUUUGGCAAACAGAUUAGUUUGGAAGUUGGAAAAGAAUGGUAAGUAUUCUGUUCACUACAAAAAAAGAGAUCUUUUGCGACGGUACAAAAACGUCGCAAAUAAUACAAAAUCCGUCGCAAAAGCUUUUUUGCGACGGCAUUGCGACGGAUAA